UGACCUUUUUGUCAACAAUGAACCGUGCAAAAGGUGCAGUGAGGUUAUCAAAGUAUUUUCAACGAGUUUCUGCACGAAACUUCCAUGCAUCUAUUGCAACAUGUAUGAGAAUAUGCUCUUGUUGCCAUCAACAUAAAAGAAAUGCAGUUGACCAAAAAGUUCUAGAUUACAACAAGGUUUUCCAACGCUCCAUUGAAAACCCAGAUGAUUUUUGGGCAGAGCAAGCAGACGAUUUAGUAUGGGAUAAAAAAUGGGACAAAGUGCUUGACAACUCGAACCCGCCUUUUACAAAAUGGUUUGUUGGCGGAGAACUGAACACUUGUUACAAUGCAGUAGAUCGACAUGUAGCCGAAGGCAACGGAGGUCAGGUAGCCAUUAUAUACGACAGUCCUGUCACGAAGCAAAUUAAAAAAAUCACAUACAGGGAAUUAUGGGAAGAGGUGUCGCUAUUUGCUGGGGUGCUUCAGAAGAAUGGGGUGAAGAAAGGAGACCGUGUGUUGAUCUACAUGCCGAUGAUUCCCCAGGCAAUAGUGGCGAUGCUGGCGUCAGCUAGGCUAGGAGCCAUACAUUCACUUGUAUUCGGAGGGUUUGCUUCAAAGGAACUCUCAACGAGGAUAGAUCAUGCAAAACCGAAGGUGAUAGUGAGUGCAAACUAUGGUGUAGAACCAGGGAAACUUGUGCCUUAUAAACCAUUGCUGGAUGGAGCGCUAAAAAUGAUCAGCUUUCGGCCUCAGAAAUGUAUUAUAUAUAACAGACCAGGGUUUGACUUCACUCCACUUGCGAAAGGUCGUGACCUUGAUUAUACAUUUGAGAUGUCCCAGUCACAUACCACAGAUUGUGUUCCUGUCCCAGCAACAGACCCUGUCUACCUGCUUUAUACUUCUGGGACCACUGGACUUCCAAAGGCUGUGGUUAGGCCAAGUGGAGGCCAUGCUGUUGUAUUGAAAUGGUCCAUGUGGAAUAUAUAUGGUAUAAAACCUGGAGAGGUUUGGUGGUCAGCUUCUGACCUUGGCUGGGUUGUUGGACAUUCGUAUAUUGCCUAUGCACCUUUACUUAAUGGAAACACCACUGUACUGUUUGAGGGUAAGCCAGUCGGUACUCCAGAUCCUGGCGUGUAUUUCCGUAUCAUCAAGGAGCACAAUGUUGCAGGUCUGUUUGUAGCACCGACAGCUCUGAGGGCCAUUAGGAGAGAUGAUCCAGAAGGUGACUUUGGAAGGAAAUACAUGCCAUUAAGCAGUUUUCGUAACAUGUUUGUGGCAGGUGAACACUGUGAUAGAGAGACUAUGGAAUGGACAAAGAAAGUCUUUAAUUGUCCAGUACUAGACAACUGGUGGCAAACAGAAACUGGUUGGGCUAUAACAUCUACGUGUGUAGGUUUAGGAAUGCCACUACAUCCCACACCAGGUGUCACUGGCAAGCCUGUACCUGGUUGGAAUGUGAAAGUGCUAAAAGAUGACUUUAGUGAAGAAACUAAAGAUUCAGAACUAGGACAGAUAAUUGUACAAUUACCACUGCCACCAGGGUCUUUCAGUACUCUAUGGGAAAAUGACUAUAGAUUUGAGAAUACAUACUUUGAUCUGAAAAAGAAUUUUUACAACACAAUGGACUCGGGGUAUAGAGACAAAGAAGGUUAUGUUGCUGUCAUGUCUAGAUCUGAUGAUGUCAUUAAUGUUGCUGGGCACCGUCUAUCAGCUGGAGCCCUGGAAGAGGCAAUCAUUGACAGCCCAUAUAUAGCAGAAGCUGCUGUUAUAGGUGUACCAGACGAAUUAAAGGGAGAAGUCCCACUUGGUUUAUGUGUUCCCAAACAUGGUAUGGACAAAUCAGAUGAGCAGAUCAAGCGAGAUGUAAUCAAGCAUGUGAGAGACAGUAUAGGACCUGUUGCCAGCUUUAAACUUGCCAUUCUCGUGCCAAAACUGCCUAAAACACGCUCUGGAAAGAUCGCUCGAAACACCAUAGCUGCCAUGGCAGCAGGAAAACCUUUCAAAAUACCAGUGACCAUUGAAGAUGACAGUGUAUAUCCUGCCAUCAGAUUGGCAUUAAAGGAUAUCGGAUAUGCUCCAGACCCGCCAUCAGAUACCGCCAUCAAUUGAAGAUGAGUCGGUGUAUGUUGACAUCAGUGCUGCACUGAAAGCUGUGGGGUUUACACCUGGACAAUCAGAGAGGAGUCAACAAGCAGAACCAUAUUAAAUUUACCUCAUAGUCUACAUGUAGUUUAACAUAAUGAAUUUCUAGGGUUGAAUGCAAUACUGUGAUAUUUCGUAUUCGAUAAAGGUGGACUUACAACACUAUUGCUUUCAGCCAACCAUAUGCAUAGAUAUAUACAGAUGUGUGUAUGUAGAUGGAUAUAUCAGUACUCUGACACAGUUGUAUGAGAUGUUGGAAUUACAGUGUUUAUUAACUAACAUGGCAUAAAAAUGCAAUAUACCUUUACAUAUUUUUGUAGCCAACACAAAGCUUGCUCAAUUUUGUGUUUAACACAGAAGUGUGUUUAGAAAUGUGUUAUCUGUAUUUUAAACAGAGAUUAUCAUAAUUAUAGAUCUCCUCUUUUACUGUUACCAUACCAGAUUUAUAGGUGGCCAGGUGAUCUGAUGGAAACGCGUUUGUCUGUCAGUCCAAAGGUCUGGCCGGGGUCUUGGGUUUGUAUUCCAGUCCAGGCAUUGGAAAUUUCUGAGAUGCUCUUGAGUGUCUCCCACCUAACUAUGAGGCCAGUACUGAUUCUUCCCAGGAAAGGCAGCUUAGCAUGUUUCUUAGCUACACAAUGGGCAAGUUAAAGUAUCCGAGUGUCUGUUUGCAAAGAUUUAGACUAAGUAAGCCAGACAUGCCUGCAUCUAAUGGAUUUCUCUCUCUCAGCUCUGGGUGCUUUCCCUUACUCUGUCCCUCUGGUCAUACUGCUCUGUGUCUACUUUGUAGAGGAUGACUUUGGCACUCUUAGUGACUGCCUUUGUAUGGGAAGAUUCAUUAAAAGGGGGCUAUAUAAAUAUGGUAUAAUGUACACUCCUGUGCUUGUAGAAUUUUAGCUUAUUUUGAAUGUGAUGUCUCUUUAAUUAUUGUAGCCCAGAUUUUUUGUGCUUUGUCUAUACAUGUAGUUGAGUAUAUGCAUUAUGUACUUUAUAGUCUUAUAGUAUAAUAUAAUCCAAGUCUAUUGUAUUUAAUAAUGAAAUUAUUUGAAAAUAUUUUUAUUCUUUUAAAUUAUAUGUUAAAGUGUGUGAAAGAGAUUUAUAUGGACUACUUUCAUGAUGUUUUGUAAUGUAAUGCCUUUGUAAUAUUUUCAAGGUCUGUCCCAGAUCAUAUUGGACCAGACAUUGUGGGAAAAAAAAAAAGAUAUGAGCUGCGCCAUGAGAAAACCAACAUAGUGGGUUUGCGACCAGCAUGGAUCCAGACCAGCCUGCGCAUCCGCGCAGUCUGGUCAGGAUCCAUGAUGGUCGCUUUUAAAGCCUAUUGGAAUUAGAGAAACUGUAAGCGAACAGCAUGGAUCCUGACCAGACUGCGCGGAUGCGCAGGCUGGUCUGGAUCCAUGCUGGUCGCACACCCACUAUGUUGGUUUUCCCAUGGCACGGCUCAUAUUGCCUGGUCAUUGAAAACCUUUCAAAUAAUAUACAUGUUGGUAAAAUAAAACAUCAUGGGCAGCAGAGACACUAAUGGUGCUUUUUUUUUUUUUUUUUUUUUACUGUAAUCAUGUUACAAAUUUCAGUUAGAGUGAAAUCAUUUCAUUUCAUUUACACAAAUUUCAUGGUUUUGUCAAAACAGGGAUUUCUUGGGAAAAGAAUUGAUGGAAUUUGAUCAUUUGCGAAUUCUAAUGUUUUUGAUAUUUUAAUUUUAAAUUAGUUUCAUUGGUUGAUUCAACAAUGAAAUCCAUGAAAAUUAUUACUCUACCAAUACUUAUGAUUUUACAGUAACUAGUGAAUGGCAAUGAAAUAUUUAAUGUUUCAUAUAUGAAAAAGAAAACAAUUCAGUGUAUUUGUAUAAUGACUAAUUUGAAUUAAUUGAAUGUCAUAUUAAGGUAGUGGAGUCGUAAUGACAAACAGUAGAUUACAUACUAAUGGAAUGUGAUUUCGACAUUUUACAUUUUUUUACGAGAAAAUGUACAUUCAGCUAAAUUUACGUGCAAAGAAUACAUGACUGCACAACUAAAGUUUGUAAUCAUACGGGAAAUGCAAUGUCAUUGCCAGUUCACUACCUUUAGUAAAUUUGUAUAAUCAGAAUGCCUUGAAGGUUCUUUUUUGUCAGUAGGUAGGCAAGCUACUCUAAAAAGUGUAUUUAAAUGUACCUGAUUGCCAUUAUUGUGUUGUUAUGAAGUUCAUUGAAUUCUCACAACAGUGUGUAUCAUUGCAGCAUGGUCAUCAUGAUUAUUUUCUAAAACUUUAAAAACUGCCUUAAAGGUCCAAUACUAAGGAAAGUGAACAUUUUAAUUUCUUUUAAAAAGCACAGAAACUAUUUCAUUUUAUUGGAAAAUGAAAGUUGGUAUGUAGAAAUUCGAAAUAAAUCGCAGUAUAUGUACAAUUAUUUUUCUAUGAAGUAUGAAGAAAGUUAAAAAGACCUGGGGGGUCAUUCUGUCGAUUUAUUGAAAUUUCAACAUAAUACACAUACAUUUCUUUGAGUUCCAAAGACUUUCUGUAAAUUUUGACCUGCCAAUCUUCAUUAUUUAGUGUCUUGCAGAAGUCUAUGCACUGGCUAUGAAAAAAAUUGCCAACUCACUUUCCCUUAGUAAUGGACCUUUAAUCUUCCGUGAGGUAUGAGGUAUAUAGGGACUAUAUUGGGAGUAAUGUACAUUGGUUAUUCUGCCAACCAUUUGUUUCCGGAGAGCAAAUAUCUGAAACGAUGCCAGUGGAUCAUCAAAUUGCUACACAUAUAUUAAUGUUUACCAUCAAAAUGCAUCCACAUACACACAAGACCAGAAUCUAUAGGUUCAAGGUCAAGGUCUGUCUUGGAGGUCAAAAGUCAGAUAGCUUAAUUUCAUGUCCCCUCCAUAUAUUCUUAACUGCUGUAUGGAUUUUCAUAUAACUAGCAUCAUUUGUUUACCUCAUCAAGACAACAUUUAUCAAAGCUGUGUCUGGGGGUACUAAUCACCUCUAUUGAUAGCUCUAGUUUCAGUUUGCUUUAUUUUUAGGUUGAAUUUAUUUUGCCAUGUCUGGUCAGUUUUGACUAUUAUUCAGAAUCUUUAUAAACAGAUUAAAUAUGUAGCAAAUUAAAAUGUGUUUAACUUUGAAAUUUUAAAGAAGAGAAACUUUUUUAACUUGUAAUCUUUUCCGCAAAGUGCUGAAAUGUUUGUAAAUUUAUUGUUGAAUUAAUAAAUAUGAUGUUGAAGUUUUUUCUUAUGUCUGGAAAACAUGUAUAUAUAAUGUAUAACAUUAAAAAAUGAUUACGAAACUUAGAGAAUUUUUUUAUAACAUAUUAUACAACCAUGAAGUUCAUGAAUUAAUUUUGCCAGUAAUUGAAUUUGCACUUUUAAGGGUAUUUUGUAUAUAGUUUGAUAGGUAUAUAUUUUAUACUUUUGAAGUUACCCAGCUACUAGUAGAUAUUUAGAGGUCCAAAUAUUUGUAGGGUUAUUGUUUGUUUGGAAAUAUUUUAUUUUUUAAUAAUAUUUUAUUAAUACAGUUUUAGCAUAUAGUUAUAAAUAUAUUAAUUGUUAAGAUGUACUGUCACAUGUUUAAGCUUAUUGAGACUCAGUCCAAGGUUAUCAAACUCAGUUUGGAGACCAGUCUGAGAAUGCAGCCUUGCCAUUGGUCAGUUUCAUAAUUGGGCUCAGAAACAACCAAUCAGAGCCUGGGGUUUGAGACUGGUUUCAAAAAAACGACCUAGGAAACUGAUCUGAAAAUGCAAGCAUCCGGUUGGUCAUUUCUGAGCUCAUCUUGAAAAUGUCCAAUAGUAAAGCUGCAUUUGGAGUCUGCUGUUCAAACUUUUGUGACCUUGGAACCAAACUGGGUAAUUUUUUCGUUUAUAUUUACACACCAGAUACCUUUUUUGUAAAAAAGAAAACUUGUUUUUUUAGUGCCUUUAGAUACUAUGAAACUGCUGUUUUACAGGAUGUGGUUUCGAAAACUAUCACUUACUGACAGUAAAAUAUACUGUUCUGAGUGAAAGGUAGACUAGCUCCUAGACUAUGAUAUAUCUUUUUACAUUUUUAUGAUUGAAUGUAGUGAACUGAGCCAGACUAUAUCCUAUGUCCAAUAUCACAUAAUAAUUUCAACAUCAGUCCUAUGUGAAAAUCUCUAAAAUAGACUGGCUUUUGUCUCUAUGAAAUUGAAUUUGUCAAAAAAGGGAAAAAUAUAGAAAUAUAGUUAUUAUCAGUCUAGUGGCUAGUCUAAGUAAAAUAGAGUCUGCAGAACUGAGUAAUGUUUGAGAUAUAUUGUGUAUGUAAUAAAAUUAUUGCUUGAAUUGUGACAAAAGUUUUAUGCCAGUACUCUAUAGAGGGUAAUAUUGUUUUAUAGCUCACGUGAGCUCAAACUGAGCUAUUGUGAUCCCACUGUGUCUGUCGUGCAUCUGUUUGUUUGACCAUCUGCUGUCAAUAAUCACUUUAAAUGACAUCUUCAAAACCACUGAAUGGAUUUUGAUGAAAUUUGGCCUGAAGCUCUUUGGGUACCAAAGUUGCUCAAAUGGUUAAGCUUUGUUGCACAUAUUGGCCACCAAAACUAAAAAUAGAAAAAUUUUGGAACAGCGUCUCCCAAACCGCUUGUCAAAUCUGAAAUGAUUUCACACAACUACUCCUAAUGUAAUCCUCUACCAAAGUUUUUCAAAAUAUUUCGAUUUUUCAAAAAACUUUUUCGCUAGAGGGCAUGGUAAUUUUUUGGCAAUAUGUAUAUUAUAGUGGAAACUUAAAAAAUCUUCUUGUGUGAAACUGCUGGCCUGAUUUUAAAAUAAUUUUACACAAAUGGUCCUUGUAUGACCCUCUACCAAGAGUGUUCAGAUUAUUCUAAUUCAUUUAAAGAUAUGGUCGCCAGAGGGCAUGGUAACUUUUUCCUAUACGUAUAUACAGUCAAAUACCGUUACCUCGAUAUUCAACGGACUGCUAAAAUUGCAUCGACGUAUCCGAAGUUCGACGUAAUGAUAUCGUCUAUCUGGGACUACAUUUUGUAUCUGUGUAGGACGUCUAUAUUGUCAUUGCAUCCCAUGCUUCUUUUAGACGGUUCGAAAGGGGAAAGAUAUGAUAUAAAACGUAAAUACAAUCUAAAUUUUAUUGACAAAUAAAACAUCUUAAUUCAGUAGUACAUACAUACAACUUUUUUUUUUUAAUUUACAUGUAAACAUUAGCAUUUUUAUUAAUAUAUAUUUUAUUUAGAUAUGAACAAUAGCACAUAAAUUCUUUAUAUACAACUUUCACAUGUCGUCAUUAGCAUUUGCCAGUUAAAUACGCAUAUUGUUACUCGAUCAUAAAUGUUAGAUUUUUGACUUUGUCAAACAGAAAAAAUAUUUCGUCCAAAUUAAUUGUUAUAUUGAAAACAGCUUGACAGCUUGCAUGCUUUUUAGACUAAUUAUUGGGAAUUAAAUGCAAACUUGCUAACAUUUAAAUCGGAUUAAAGAUUAAAUAACAAACAAAACAAACA